CUUCUCUCAUUCCUCCUCCCACUCCUUCAUUGUUCAACACCUUUAGCAUUGCUUUCUCUCCCAGAGUUCUCUCCUUGCAAGAAAGAAACUCUCUCUCUUUUUUUCUUUCUUUCCUCCCUUCUGCUUCUCUCUCUUAAUCAGUCAAUUUGGUUUUGGCAUUUUAUUCUGGUUUCUUGAUCGAAAUGGAAUUCGACGACCGAUACAGGCAAGCUCAGAGGACCAAAUACGAUUGCCUUCUGUUUGAUCUAGAUGACACACUAUAUCCCUACAGUACUGGGAUUGCUACAGCAUGCAGAAACAAUAUAGAAGAUUAUAUGGUUGAAAAGCUUGGCAUUGAGAGGAGCAUAAUCCCUGAAUUGGGUAACCUGCUGUACAAGAAUUAUGGAACUACAAUGGCUGGUCUCAGGGCUAUUGGCUAUGACUUUGACUAUGAUGAAUAUCACAGUUUUGUCCAUGGAAGAUUACCUUAUGAGAACAUAAAACCUGACCCGGUUUUGAGGAACCUUCUGCUGAACCUGCCUUAUCGGAAAAUCAUAUUCACAAAUGCAGACAAGGUCCAUGCUGCUAAAGCACUAAGCAGGCUUGGAUUGGAAGACUGUUUUGAAGGGAUUAUUUGCUUUGAGACCCUCAAUCCUACUCACAAAAGCAUUGUCUCUGAUGAUGAAGAUGACAUUGAGUUUGUGGGACCUGCAGCUGAAGUUCCUGCAACAACAACUAGCAGCUCUCAAAUUUUUGACAUCAUUGGCCAUUUUGCUCAACAAAACCCCACUUCCAAAUUACCCAAAACACCAAUUGUGUGCAAACCAUCAGAAGCCGCCAUAGAACGGGCUCUCAAGAUAGCCAACAUUGAUCCUCAGAGAACACUGUUCUUUGAAGAUAGCGUCCGCAACAUACAAGCUGGCAAAAGAGUGGGACUUCAAACUGUGCUGAUUGGGACAUCCCAGAGAGUUAAAGGCGCAGAUUAUGCACUAGAAAGCAUUCACAACCUCAGGGAAGCACUGCCAGAGCUUUGGGAGGUUGAAAUGAUAUCUGAAGUUCGUUACUCUGGGAAGGUUGCAGUGGAGACAUCAGUCACAGCUUAGGUUUUGUGCCAGCAAGCACUAGUUUGUAUGAGGAAAGAAAUCAUGUUUGUGGGAUCUUACCAUCCCAUUUUCCUCAUCAUUUUAAAAAAAAAAAAAUUCCCAUUUUCCUUGUCAUUGUGAUCCCCUCUUAUUCAUAAUAAAAUAUAUAUUUUAUGUUUUCACACUGUAAAUGUGAACGAAUAUUCAUGUAAAAAUCCUCCUAAUCAAUCAAUUUAAUAAAAUAACAUUAAC